GCCAAUACGCACGCGCGACGACUUGUGUUUGUGAACCCAGCCAGCUAGCUGGCAAGCCUGGCUACAUUCUCUCCUUUCGUUUGCCAAAAUGACAUUGGAAGAAAGACUAAUUUCUGCUGUUUCGGAUUAUCCAGAGUUAUACAACUCAACUUUAAAUUCUUACAAGGAUACCGACAGAAAAGCAAAAGCAUGGAGGGCUGUAAGUUUGCAAGUUGAAAUGCCAGAGGAAGACUGCCGAAGAAAAUGGAAGAGCUUGAGAGACAUGUUCAUCAAAGAUAAACGCUCUGAACAGCGGCGACGAGCUUCAGGGGGCACACAUCGGAGCUGGAAGUACAGCUGGCAAAUGGCCUUCCUGACCCCCUUCAUACAGUCGAAGACCUCACAAGCCAAUGCGGCCAUAGACGAUCCGGACGAUGAGCGCGACGAUGAAGAUAGGGAGGACGAGAGACCGGCAGAUAGCAAUUCAUCUUUUGUUAUACACGAAAUCGAAGGAGAACACAGUGGACUGGACGCGUCCUCUCACUUCCCCGCUUCUGGUUCCCACAAGUCCAGCAGGAAAAGGAAAUGGCAGGUAGACGGGACAGAUGAGUUGGAAGAUGAGAUGUUUCUCUUCAGCUUGCUCCCUUACCUUAGACGGCUACCUUACGCCAAGAAGAGUGCUGUAAAACUGAAAAUACACCAAAUACUAUAUGAAGCAGAGUUUCAGUAGAAUUUAGCUUAUCUUUAAUUUACAAAGUUUUUUAUACUAAGAGAAAAUGGUUGUUCCCUCUGUAUCAGUCUGUCAGAAAGUUUAACACGACAACAAUUGCACAACAGAUGUGUUGUGACAUUUUCUCCGAAUAAAUCCAGCCAACACAUCUGACUAAUUUAGUUCUUGGGUGGUUUUGUUUUACAAUAAGUAGAUCUCGGCACCAAAUUAAUUAUGUUCAUAUUUCAUGACAAUUUUACUUCCAUCUUGUUUUGGAGACCUCUAUGGUAACAUGUAGGUCAUGAAGUUAGUUUUAAAAUAAAUGGUAAGUUUGUCA